AUGAACCUAACUGGCUUCGGGUGUGAUGUGUUUGAGAAACAGUACAUGACUAUAUCAGGUGCCAUCGCCUCAUCAGUCACGUUAUCUCUAUUGGGAAUUUUGGGGACAUGUGGAAACAUCCUCGUAAUUGUUGUCUAUUGUGUACAGCCACGUUCAACCAACCGGUAUAUCGUUAUAACAUCUAAUGCUGAAACGCAUGCUCUUCCUAACCUUGUAAAUCAACAAUCAUUUUCACCUUUGGACCCAAUUAGAAAACGUCAGCGAAAUUUCACACAAACCCGCCUGAUACUUGUGCUGGCUGUGGUUGAUCUACUGACAUGUGUAAUCGUACUUCCGUGGGAUGUGAUCAGACCAAUUAAAUUUAUUUUGACUUCCAAUCAGACUUCAUGGCAAAGCUAUGACCAGUGGUUUCUUACUCGAACUCUCAUCAAUUUCUCACUGGAAGCACCCCUCAUGUUACUGCGCAAUGUGGCUUUCGCUGGCGAGGGAAGUAUUUUGGCUGCAAUCGCGGUUGAAAGGUUCCUGGCUCUUGUACCCACUCCAAGAACACCAUGUCAGAGAAUUAAGAGAUCCAGUAGCUCAGCGAGCAACGCAGACCAGGGGAAAAUUUUCCGACCAGAAGAAAAAGAUGAAGAGGAACAGAUCUCUAAAAAGGGACCGAAAAUGCGCAACGAGGUCCAACAGAAAAGUUCUUGGCAUUCAAAUUGUUGUUCACCCUUGUGCCUAGGAGCAAAUUGUGUCACAGAGCGGUGCAAUCAACAACUAUACAUCUGGGGUAUAAUAGUGACUGUAUGUUUGUCUGUUUUAAUACUGGAACUCAUUAUCUUCCUCCUACAAGCUCAACAAACUAUGUGCAAUUUGGCUGGAUGGAUGCGUGAAAUUUCGGAUCGAAUCUAUGUUUUAUUGACACUCGUCUCGUGUAUCUUCAUUUGUUACUUAUAUCUCUCAGUCUUUCUUGUUGUGCAUCAGACAGAUUUGCGUAAACAUCGAUGGAAAAAACGAACUCAUCACAAUCUGGGCUCAACAGAAGUAGCCAGAACAUCUACCGCGUUGAAAACAGCGUGUAAGGGAACAUAUGACAGUGAGGGGAGGGUAUCUGGUCAACAGGGUACUCAAUUCCCAUCUGAGAUAUCACAGCGGUGCAAGAAUGUGAGCUUUGCCACAACCGAGCAGUCUCACUUUGCAGAUGGUGAAAGUCUUUUGGAUGAAUCGGCUAUAUCAUUUGUGUCACCCGAAUCUCAAAUAAAUUCGAAUGCUUUGCCUUCGUUAACGAGUCGUGCAAAAUCGGCGUCAAGCUUCCUGCGUAGCCGUCGGACCGGACUGAUGUUGUUCACCUCGACGGUUGUCUUCUAUGCCACUUUGUUCCCUGUCCUGUGGGUCCACUUCCGAUGGUGGUCGGAGGACGAAAAAUCGAGCCACAAAAGCGAAGGUUCUAUUAUAAACCGAGAGAGAUAUUCAAAAAGUGUCGUACAUCACGAAUUUUACUACGUAAAUAACGCAGUCAAUGUGUUCAUUUACUCUCUGUUGAGUGGUCGAUUUCGUGAACGUGUCAAACUUCUAUUCCAAGGGAUGUUACACUUUGAACAGGUCAGCCAUCAGUCUAAAGAUCGCCUUAGUCAAUAUUCAAAAGAAAACAACUCAAGAGACUCUCAAACUUCAUAA